GAAAGAGGACAAGUCCUUCAGCAAGUAGAAGCUUUGUAAUUUACAUGGUGUUGAACUAUUAUAAAAGAAGCCAGCCUCAAGUACAAGGUUAUCUCCAGUUCUUGGGAAAAAAAAAAUUGAAGGAAAAAACAAAAAGCCCUUUAUGGUCAUGGAUUACGAAAUCUUGGGACUUAUUCUAGCGAUUUUGACAUGGGUUGCAUGGGCAAUGGUGACUGAACGUCGUCACCGUCGUAUGGAAGAGCAUGGGGUGCUACCACCAGGGCCAAGAUGGUGGCCACUGGUAGGCAACAUCUUCCAACUUGGUUGGUCUCCACACGAGUCAUUUACCAAACUGACUCGCACCCACGGUCCAAUCAUGACCCUUUGGCUCGGCUCAAUGUGCACCGUGGUCAUCUCAUCAGACGAGGUGGCACGCCACAUGUUCAAGAACCACGAUGUGGUGCUAGCCGGAAGAAAAAUCUACGAAGCAAUGAAAGGAGACUAUGGAAAUGAAGGAUCAAUAAUCACAUCCCAAUAUGGAGCUCAUUGGCGUAUGCUGCGACGCAUCUGCACCACCGAGUUCUUCGUGACUAGCCGGCUAGACGCCAUGCGAGGGGUUCGCAAUAGGUGCAUAGAUUGCAUGGUUCGGUUCAUAGAAGAAGCUGGUGGAAAUGGUACUAAUGCCAUAGAUGUCGGCAGAUACUUUUUCUUGAUGUCUUUUAAUUUGAUUGGAAAUUUAAUGUUCUCCAAAGAUUUGCUGGACCCAAAAUCAGAGAGAGGAGCAAGGUUCUUCUACCAUGCAGGGAAGGUGAUGGAGUUGGCAGGGAAGCCUAAUAUGGCAGAUUUCUUGCCAUUUCUAAGAUGGAUGGAUCCUCAGGGUCUAAGGAGAAAGACCCAGUUCCAUGUGGAAAGAGCUUUUGAGAUUGCCGGAGAUUUCAUCAGAGAAAGAAUGGAGAAUAUGGAAAUAGGAGGCACUGAAGAGAAGAGAAAGGAUUUUUUGGAUGUGCUUUUGGAGUUUCGUGGUGAGGGUCCUGAGGAGCCUCCCAUGUUCUCCCCAAGAACCAUCAACGUUAUUGUUUUUGAGAUGUUCACAGCAGGGACAGAUACAACCACAAGCACAUUAGAGUGGGCAAUGGCAGAACUUCUACAUAAUCCAAAACAACUACACAAAGUCCAAGCUGAGAUAAGAAGCAAAAUUGGCCCCAAUAACAAGCUCCAAGAGAAGGACAUUGAGAAUCUCCCCUACCUAAAAGCAGUCAUCAAGGAGACACUGAGACUUCACCCACCUCUGCCUUUUUUAGUCCCACACAAGGCCAUGGACUCCUGCAAGAUGCUAGGCUACUACAUCCCUAAAGAAGCACAGAUUUUAGUAAACGUUUGGGCAAUAGGGAGGGACCCAAAGACAUGGAAGGAUCCUUUGGCUUUCAGGCCGGAGAGAUUCUUGGAACCAAACAUGGUGGAUUAUAAAGGACAUCAUUUUGAGUUUAUACCCUUUGGUUCUGGCCGGAGAAUGUGCCCUGCCGUGCCUCUUGCUUCUCGUGUGCUUCCAUUGGCUCUUGGGUCGCUGUUGUAUUCUUUUGAUUGGGUGUUGGCUGAUGGACUCAAGGCUGAGGACAUGGACAUGUCUGAAAGAAUGGGGAUUACACUUAGAAAAUCUGUUCCCUUGAAGGCUUUGCCAGUGCCUUACAAGGGCUAUUAGAAUAAUGUUUAGUGUAAUUAUUAAUAAUAAUUAAUCAAUAUCCUAUUUAGAAUUCA